AUGGCCGUCUCAAAAGACGCCCUCGCUUUUGUCAUCAUCCUUGCCAUAACCAUCGCUGCAACGGGCGUUGCCAUUUUUUACUGCCAGUCCCGGAAGCACCAGAAUCGAGCGGCGGCUCUCAAUAACAACCGGCACAUCUAUGAUGUCGAGAUGAUCCAGAACCAGGUCGUGAUGAGCCCUGAGCGCAAGCCCCAGACGACGCUGUGGAGAUGCAAGAGCGACGCUGGUCCCCGGGCCAAGCAGUCCUUUGUGAAUCGUGCCUCGCUGCCGCGUUCACACAGCGCGGGUGCUAUGGCCGGUCUGGCCAGGCCUUCGAUGGCAUUUGUUCCGAGGUGGUCGAGGCCUGCUAGACGUCUAAGGCUUGUGGUUCCUCUGGCGCUGGCCAAGGCAGAGGAGGGGUACUCUUUGGAGAAAAAGGCCGCCAGGAAGUCGAGAUUCAUCGAGCAUCUUUGA